UUUGUUAUGAGAGUACCGCUACACGAGCGGGGAAGAAUCGUGUGGCCAGCCAUGAGAAAUUACACCUAGAAACGGAGACUUUAAGACGCGGAUCGACAUCUUCGGAGGACAUGAGAAAAGAUCUGGUGCUUUUGACAGCAUAGAACUCAUCAUCAUCAUCACUAUGGCAACGGUGUAGUAACCAUGGCAACCACCGCAGUGCCAAGAAGAUCGGCAGGUCCGAAUGGGAGCGUGGGGCGCAGGAAGGACCAUUCCUCCCACCGUAGCAGCUACCCUCCGCGUAACAUCAGCGGAACAAGAAGUCCUGUGUACCUCCCGUCUUCUCCCGUCGAGGACGACGUUUUUACGUUCCCGGACACCGCGAGCACGCGCAGCGCCCACAGCAGGAGCGAAACCUCCCUCCUGAGGAAGCCCAUCAACCACCAAGGACCCUUGAGACACAGCCAGGGCUCCUUGAGACCCACCCAAGGUGUCCUGAAGUUUGCUCAACAGCCUGCACACCUCAGCAAGGGUCCUUAUGAGUCCUGGAGCACGCUAAGGACAAACCAAGGAGCGGGCACCAACAGCGUUUCUUCUUCAGUUCCUCCAAGUUCCAUCACGUACCCGAACUCCUCCAAGACGUCACAAGUCUCUCAAGACCUUGUAAGAAGAGAUACCCCAAACUUUGUGCCAAAUAAGCACCAUGACCCGAGAAGUCCGAGAAGACUGACAAGGUCUCAGUCUCCUCCUGCUCCAAGAUCCAUCUCCAGCUCCACAAGACGCUCCCCGAGUCCCAAGGCUGUCUCAAACUCGGGAAGGAGCUCCUCCAGUCCCAAGGAGACCACCAACUCCUUGAGACACGUGUCUCCGAAUGCGGUGGGAAGAAAGAGCCCAGCACCCACCAAUGUCGCUGACAGGAAGGGGGCGGAGAAAGGAUUGCCUAAGAUGCCGGCAUCUGCUGUGGAAGUGGUCUUGAGAAAAAGAAUCUGUUUCUUAUCAGGAGGGCGUGACAAGAGAAGAGGUCCUAUCAUCACCUUCCCCACCCACCCCACACCUGUAGACUUCUCACCUGAAGAGAUCGGCCUGAAUGUGGCCUUUCUAGCCUCAGUACCCAGCCCUGAAUCCAGAUCUCGUGGCUUUUCUGUUAUCAUCGACGUGCGAGCUCCAACAUGGAGAGCCAACAAGAGCCUGGUCAAAGUGUUGCAGCAAACCCUUGGUCGUCAACUGGCCCAGGUGAUCAUUGUGAAACCCGACACCUUCUGGGACAAGCAGAAGACCAGCUUCCGUUACCGUAGCGACAAGGCAGAGGGCGGAUACGAGACUAUAAUGGUAACGGCCUCCAAGAUAUUCCAGUAUGUUGACCAGGACCAGCUCACUAAGGACCUAGGGGGGACACUUCCGUACGACCAUGAUGACUGGGUGCAGAAAAGACUGGACAUGGAGAAGUUUGCCCGUGACUCUGCGGAGAUGUGCCAACAGUUGGACCAACUGGAACAUGCCGUGAACACACAGCUCUAGUUCUUACUUACACAC